AUGUACUGGGCGGUGUGGGCGGGCGCGGGCGCGGCGUGGGCGGGCGGGCGCAUCGAGCGCGCGCAGAUGGACGGCGCGCGGCGCACGGCGCUGGUGAGCGACGCGCUGCACUGGCCGGCCGGGCUGGCGCUGCACGCUGCGCGCGACGAGCUGUACUGGUGCGACACCUACCUCAACAAGCUGGAGCGCCUGCUGCUGCCCAGCAACAAGCGCGAGACGCUGCUGGCCAACUCGCCGACCACGCCCAUCGUCAAGCCCUACGGCCUGGCCAUCUACGAAGACACGAUCAUGUGGAGCGAGCACGACUCGGGGCUGGUGCGCGCGCGCGCGGCCAACGGCAGCGUGUCGGUGCUGCACGCGCUGCCGCCGCCGCUCUACGACCUGCGCCUCGUGUCCGCCACCUCCCGCCACGGCUCGAACGCGUGCUCGCGCGACAACGGCGGCUGCGCCGAGCUGUGCCUGGCGGCGGGCGCGGGCCGCGUGUGCGCGUGCGCCCCGCCCCGCGAGCCGGCGGGCGCCGCCUGCGGGCCGCCGCGCCCCGCGCCGCGCCUCACCACGCCGCCGCCCUGCGCCGCCGACCACUUCCACUGCGGCAAGGGCCGCUGCGUGGACUCAUUAUACGUAUGCGAUGGCGACGUAGACUGCCCCGACGGCUCCGACGAAGACGUGGGGCCCAACGGACCCUGCGCGAACGUGACAUGUGACGAGGACCAUUUCAUGCAAUGUGAUAAGAACAGGUGUCUGCCAAGAAGCUGGGUUUGCGAUGGUACCAAAGACUGCGCGGACGGGUCGGACGAGGCGGAGGCGGCGUGCGCGCGCGCGUCGUGCGGCGCGGCGCAGUGGGCGUGCGCCGGCUCGCGCCGCUGCCUGCCCGCCGCUUGGCGCUGCGACGCAGCCGUCGACUGCGGGCCCAACGACCGCAGCGACGAGGACGACUGCGAGUCGGCGGACUGCGACAGCAACCUGAUGUUCAAGUGCGCGGAGAGCGGCGGCGGCGCGUGCGUGCCGUGGGAGUACUACUGCGACGGCCACGCCGACUGCGCCGACGCCAGCGACGAGCGCGCCUGCGCCUCGCCCGCGCCCUCGCCCGCCUCCGCUGAACCUGCUACCACCACUGCUCGCAGCCCCGCCCCGCCCGCGCCCGCCUGCGCGCCGCCCGCGCUCGCCUGCGACAACGGCUCCCGCUGCGUGCCGCUGGCGCUGCAGUGCGACGGCCGCGCCGACUGCGCCGACGGCGCCGACGAGGCCGACCGCUGCGGCGAGCCGAUGUGCGAGCUUGCGGCGUGCUCGCACGAGUGCCACGCGGCGCCGGGCGGGCCGGUGUGCGCCUGCCCCGAGCCGCUGCGGCUGCAGCCCGACCAGCUGUCCUGUGCGCCCGCGCACGCCUGCUCCGACUGGGGCGUCUGCAGCCAGACGUGCCAGCCGCAGAAGAACGGCCGCCACAAGUGCACCUGCUACGAGGGCUACCGACUAGCGGACGAUGGGUUCACUUGCAAAAGCACAGUGAACGCGACGCCGCUGCUGGUGUUCAGCAACCGGCACGAGGUGCGCGCGGUGGAGCUGGCGUCGUUGACGUCGCGCGCGCUGCUGUCGGCGCUGAAGAACACGGUCGCGCUGGACUGGCUGGGCCGCCCGGCCGCGCCGCCGCGCCUCUUCUGGACCGACGUCGUCGACGACAAGAUCUACUCCGGCACGCUGCACGGCACCUCUCUAAGCGGGAUCGAAGUGGUGGUGGAACAAGGACUAUGGACGGUGGAGGGCAUCGCGGUGGACUGGGUCGCCGAGAACCUCUACUGGGUGGAGAGCGGCCUGCACCAGAUCGAGGUGGCGCGGCUGGACGGGCGCUGGCGGCGCACGCUGCUCUCCGGAGACAUGGACAGCCCGCGCGCCAUCGCCGUGGACCCGAGGGUUGGCUACCUGUUCUGGAGCGACUGGGACGCGGCGGCGGCGCGCAUCGAGCGCGCGAGCCUGGCGGGCCGCGGGCGCCGCGUGCUGGUGCGCGUGGGCCCGCUGGGCGGCGGCGCCUGGCCCAACGGCAUCGCGCUCGACCACCUGGCGCACCGCCUCUACUGGAUCGACGCCAGGCAAGCGGCGCGUGCUGGUCGCGUGGGCCCGCUGGGCGGCGGCGCCUGGCCCAACGGCAUCGCGCUCGACCACCUGGCGCACCGCCUCUACUGGAUCGACGCCAGGUCGGACGCCAUCCACACGACGACGUACGACGGCACGGGCUACCAGGAGGUGCUGCGCGGGCACGCGGCGCUGUCGCACCCGUUCGCGGUCACGCUGUUCGAGUCGCACGUGUACUGGACGGACUGGCGCUCCAACAGCGUCGUGCGCGCCGACAAGUGGCGCGGCGGGCACGUGGCCGUCGUGCAGCGCACGCUCACGCAGCCCUUUGACCUCAAGGUGAUCCACCCGAGCCGCCAGCCGCCGGCGGCGAGCAACCCGUGCGCGGGCAACGGCAACUGCUCGCACCUGUGCCUCAUCGACGCGCCGGCCGCGCGCGUCUGCGCCUGCCCGCACCUCAUGCGCCUCGCGCCAGACAACGUCACCUGCGAAGUUCACGAGAAAGUGAUCCUGAUCGCGCGGCGCGAGGAGAUCCGCGGCGUGGACUGGGACGAGCCGGCGCUGGCGCUGGCGCCCGCCAUCACGGCGCCGCACCUGCGCGCGCCCGCGCACCUCGCCACGCUGGCCGCCGACGGCGCCGUGUUGUGGGCCGACACCGAGCCGGCGCUGGCGCUGGCGCCCGCCAUCACGGCGCCGCACCUGCGCGCGCCCGCGCACCUCGCCACGCUGGCCGCCGACGGCGCCGUGUUGUGGGCCGACACCGAGACGGGCGAGAUCAAGCGCGCCAACAUCCGCGGCGGCGCGGCGGCCACGCUGGUGGAGGGCGCGGGCGACGGCGGUGCGGGCGUGGCGCUGGCCGUGUGCGCGCGCCUGCUGUACUACGCCGCGCCCGGCGCGCUGCUCGCCGCCGACGCACGGGGCCGCCGCGCCGCGCGCCUGCUCACGCUGCGGGGGAACGUCACCGCGCUCGCAUGUGACCCGAUCAGGGGUCAGCUGUACUGGGCGAUAGGCGCAGGUGCCAGCGAGCGUAUUGAAACAGCAGACGGUGCUGGUGGCAACCAGCGCGAACUCCUGCGCGCGCCGCACGUGGCCGGCGUCUCCGGCCUGGCCGUGGACGCGGACGGGAACCGUCUGUACUGGAUCAACACCGGCACCGCCACCAUCCAGUACCUCGAUCUUGACCACAUGAACGUGACCACGUUGGCGCUGGAGUGGGGCUCGCGGCCGGCGGCGCUGGCGCUGGCGGGCGCGCGGCUGCUGUGGGCGGACGCGGCCGGCGGCGCGCUGCGCUCGUGCCGCGCGCCCGACUGCGCCGACUCGCGCCCGCUGCUGCAGCACGCAGGUGACGUGCUGGCGCUGCGCGUGUACGACCCGGCGACGGAGGCGGGCGCGGGCGCGUGCGCGCGGGCGGCGUGCGCGCACCUGUGCCUGCCCGUGGCGCGCGACCGCAGCGUAUGUCGCUGCGCGCUCGGCUACGAACUCAAGGGUGACGAUUGCGUCGGUAUGUGUAGUUAA